AUGGACGCAGAGCAAAUUAGAAAUCAAUAUAGUUCUGUUAGUUUAGAUGAUAUUGUAAAGCAAGAUAGAAAAGAAAAGAAAAGAGGUAGAGGUUUCACCAAAAAUAAUAACAGCAACAAUAAUAAUAAUAAUAAUAAUAAUAAUGGCAAUGGGUCACCAAAAACCGAAUCACCAAAAUUAAAUGUAUUGGAGUCUUCACUAGAUGAUAUUGUUAAAUCAAAUCAACCAGGAAAAAAACCAUAUAUUAAAAAAACACAAAACUAUAACAAUAAUAAUCAACAAAACCUUAAGGUCACAUUUAAGAAUAAUAUGAAUAACAAUAAUAGACCAGGAUAUCAACAACAGGAACAAUAUCCAAUGAAUGGCGGCCGUAUGCAAUUCAAUAAUAAAGGUUUAUUCAAUAGAAAUAAUAAUAUGAAUAACAGACAAUUCUCACCACCACAACACAGAGGAAAAUUUGUAAAUCAUCGUAAUAACAACAAAUUAAAGAAUAUACCAAGAACUAGAAUUACAGAUUCAAUUGACCAUACAUUUUUCGAUCCACGUGGUAUUAGAGAUUAUAGUAACGUAAAAAAACCAACAACAGCAAGUAUGAAUAAACCGCAACAAGAAUCAGAAGACGUUGACGAGCCAGAAUAUGACGAACACGGAAACGAAUUAAGCUAUAGUGUUAAAGUUGUAAACUUACCAAAAACCGUUAUUCAAAGUGAUAUUGCCUAUAUCUUUGGUGUUAUUGGCGCUCUCAAGGACUUUGAACUUGAUAACGAAAAAUGUGAAGCAACCGUUAUCUUUAAAAAGAAGGCCCAUGCUUUAGCCUCAAUCGAAAGAUAUAACGCUGUUGAAUUAGAUAAUUCUUUAUUAAUUCUUUACGAAAUCGACAAACCAUUAACCAAAAAUCAAAUUGAUGAAAAAAUUGCAAAUGCAACCUUAAAAAAAGAACAACAACAACAACAAGAUGAAGCAGAUGUUGGAGAUUUGGAGGAACAAUAUGACGGAUUAGACGGGGAAAUGGAAGAAUAA